ACCCCAUUUGCGGCUUUAGUUCUUGUGGAUCAUCCAGCCAAAACCGCUUCUAGCAUCUCAUAAAUCUAUAUGUUCCCAAGUUCGAGAGGGCUUGAAAAACAUGAACACCAAAUCCAAGGAAGGCGGGCUAAUCUUCUUGGUCCAGAAAUGAUAUUUGAAUUAGCUAUCAAGGCCAUGUUGUUUACGCAUUAUGGUCUUGUAGGUCGUUGGUUGGCUUUGACUGGCGCUGUAGCUGCCCCAGUUAUGGUUAGGCUGCGCAACCAGGGCUCCGUGGAGCGGAUUAUUGCUUAUAAUAAGUAACCUGUAGAUAAUCCAUUUAUAGAAUAAAUAAUUGAAG